AUGCUGUUUGCUGUGAGUCUCCUGUUGACCUUGGUGGUCAUUGGCUAUGGAUGCACCCUUCCGGAGGAUGCCAGAUCUGCGGAUAUCGUCACAUCAAAGACCUACAAAUACGAUGGGAGCUACUACGCCGACCGUGCUCACAUCGUGGUCGACGGAGGUGAUGACACUAUAGAGGUGGACACAGAAUUCUUUGGCACGACGCUGGCCGAUUGGUCAUCAUCAGGCCCCACAAGCUGCUUCUCCACAGGUGGCUUCACGCAGAUUACUGGCGGCGACGGCACUGCACUGAAGUUUCCCAUGGUCAGCGUCACAAUCCACUGCCGGAACACUAUUCUUGCCUGCAACGGUAUACGCUACUACAUCAAGUUCGAUGACUCAGAGGCCCCAACGACAACGACGGCUGCGCCAUCUACUGACUGUGCCAGCGGAUGUUAUUCUUCGUGGCUUGGUGACGGCGAAUGCGAUAGCUCCUGCAACAAUGCUGCGUGCAACUACGACGAUGGUGAUUGCAGCCAGGAGUGUGCAGACGGUUGCCAUUCUAGCUGGCGCGGUGACAGCGAAUGUGACGGUGUUUGCAACAAUGCACAGUGCAACUACGACGAUGGAGAUUGCUCCGGGGCUCCAGCCAGCAGCUGCGACAGCGACUGCACGUGCGCCACUUGUGCACAGUCCAUGGCUUGCAAAUCACAGGACUGCGCCAGCGAUCAACAGUUCACGUAUACUGGCUGCAGCUCGUUGAACAUCAAUGGGGCCGGAACGGCUUCUGUCAGCGGCGGGUGCACGCAGAAGGAAGUGGCGCCGACAAGCGCGCCGACAAGUGCGCCGACAAGUGCGCCAAGCACAACAACGCCAUAUGGAUCAGCCGUGAUUAGCAGAGCUGUCGGAAGCUUCUGUCUCGGUGCGGCAACCUUUGUCACUGCAUGGGCUGCCCUGUCUGUCUAG